CAGUGGAAGCGCGGAUUUCUUGUUUCUUCAGUUAUUUUAUCUGAACUCUUGUCGAUAUUCAAUGAUUUAUAAUGUUGACACGCGGGAAACCAGUAGGAUUAAACUAAACUUGAUGAAUUCUGGAGCCUUCCAAUGAUUUGACCGGCGUAUAUAAUGUGAUCUUAGUCGGAUGUUCACUUACCAACAGAAAGCUCUGAGGAAUAUCAUCAGAAUUAACCAAAGCAUUGGAUCGUGAUUUAAAAUGGGGAAACUUCAGUCCAAACAUGCCUGUAAGAGAAGAGAAAGUCCUGAAGGUGACAGUUUUGUCGUGAACGGGUUUAUUUCCAAAAGAGGUGCUGAAGAAUGCGGUAGAUACAGCACGUCGGAACAUAAAUUAAAGGAUAUUCAGGAGUUGCAGAGCUGUGAGUUUAAGGAUGGGCAAUUUGCAGAACAUCACUGCCCCCUGGAGGUGGUCCUCCCUCCUGAGAAGGUGAGGGGCUGUGAGGGUUUGCUGCUGCAUGUUUCCCCUCAGGAUGGUGAGAGGGAACCACCCAGAGAGACCAGCAAAGGGAGGAAACGCAUUAGUCUGAACGAACUCGAGUGUGACGUUUCUGUGGAGAGUGAUAAUAGACAGGAGUGGGUCUUCACCCUCUAUGAUUUUGACAACAGUGGCAAAGUGACCAAAGAGGACAUGUCCAGUCUUGUUCACACCAUCUACGAUGUAGUGGAUGCCUCAGUAAACCAGUCCUGCCACAAGAGUAAGACUCUACGUGUAAAACUGACUGUCACACCAGACCCCUGCAUCCGCCGGAGAGAACACAGCCAUGCUGGGACAGAACGAGACUGGAGCUGUCACCGUGCGGAGGCCACUCUCCAGGAGGAGGUGCAUGGAGCAGACAGACGCCACUCCGCCCAUAUAAGUUACAGACGGCAGGCGAGUGACUCUCCGGUGCGGACACAUUACUGCGUGGACGAGAACACGGAGAGGAGGAAUCACUACCUGGACCUGGCUGGCAUCGAGAACUACACCUCCAGGUUUGAAGCCAUGGCACCCCCUCCAGGCCGUCAAGACCACCCCUCACGGCCAGUUCACUCCCAGAGUCGCUCGCGCUCCCACGAACCGGAGUCACACGGCCACCAGCGCCGCUCUCUGAUGGCGAGUGACCACUCCUCCCCGCCAGACCCCCGCGCCCGUGUUCCCCACGUCAUCAAGCCCCCUAAGGGAGCGCCCAAAGGGGCUGGGGUCACUCCGGUGGGGGUUGUCGUCGGGCCAAAGGGCACCAAAUGCUACAGCCACCACCCUCCAGCACAGGGCGGGGACCUCGGCGGCCAGGACAUCUACCACCUGCCCCAGCGGAGCCAGUCUCCGCCUCCCACGCAUGCUCAGCACCCUCUCCAGCACAGCCAUAGCAGGCGGCUGAGGGCCAAAGGCCGGGAACAGGCCCUGUCGCCCAGCCGGCACGCCACACAGCAGCAAGCCUCGCCCGGGGGCCCGGAGCGGGAGCACCCACCCGGCGUGCCCGCGGGCUUCGUGCUGCCCGUGGUGCAGCGGCACGAGCAUCACCACCACCACGAGCAUCAUCACCAUCAUCACUACCAUCACUACCAUCAGACAUGACCGUGUGCACACACGUUCAUGCGCAGGCAGCGUGGGAGCGCCUUCCAUGCCUCGCUUACCAUCAGACACAGACUAACACCGGGCUUUUAAAACCGUGGAUUUGUGACGUACAGUUGCCAUCGACAUUUCAGAGCUGCCCGCUCAGAUCAAGAGUUUCCACCCUGGAGCGUACGCCCACGUCUUUGGUUCAAAAUGAGCUCACCACCAAAUGGCCUAAAAGCAUGAGCAUGGCUCCAAGCUUGUGUCCCACCGUGCUAGUGUGCUGCGCUAAAGCGGUACCACUCCAGGUCUUCAGUCUCAGGUGAAAGGUGCUGCUCUUAGCUUUUGAAGAACGGAGACUUUCCUCUUAGAAAUGGAGGGGUCUUUCCACUGCAGAUGGAGGACUCUCUCUUUACCAGGGUACACAUCACCACUGCCAACUUAUAAUGCAAAAAUAUAUUCCUGUAUGUAUGAAACUAUACGACUAUAAACACUUUAUUGUAUGAUUAUACAGUAUAUGCAUAUUUAUCGUGAUCAGUACUUAUGCAUACAAGUUUUGUAUUUUAUAUGUAUUUAAUAAAAUACUUAGCAUA